AUCCACAACAACAACAGAAGAAUUAUCCACAACAAAGUAGACCCUACUGUUGUUGUGGAUAACUCUGCUGUCGUUGUUCCAACUGUUGUUGUGUAUAACUCUGCAGUUGUAGGUUCAACUGUUGUUGUGGAUAAUUCUUCUGUAAUAGACCCAACUGUCGUUGUGGAUAACUCUGAUGUAGUUGGUUCAAUUGUUGUUGUGGAUAAUUCUUCUGUAGUAGAUCCACCUGUUGUUGUGAAUAAUUCUUUUGUAGUAGAUCCAACUGUUGUUGUGGAUAAUUCUUCUGUAGUAGACCCAACUGUUGUUUUGGAUAACUCUGCUGUCAUUGGUCCAACUGUUGUUGUGGAUAACUCUGCUGAAGUUGACCCAACUGUUGUUGUGGAUAACUCUGCUGAAGUUGGUCCAACUGUUGUUGUGGAUAACUCUGCAGUUGUAGGUUCAACUGUUGUUGUGGAUAACUCUGCUGUAGUAGACCCAACUGUUGUUGUGGAUAAUUCUUCUGUAGUAGACCCAACUGUUGUUGUGGAUAACUCUGCAGUUCUACGUUCAACUGUUGUUCUGGAUAAUUCUUCUGUAGUAGACCCAACUGUUGUUUUGGAUAACUCUGCUGUCGUUGGUCCAACUGUUGUUGUGGAUAACUCUGCAGUUGUAGGUUCAACUGUUGUUGUGGAUAACUCUGCUGUCGUUGGUCCAACUGUUGUUGUGUAUAACUCUGCAGUUGUAGGUUCAACUGUUGUUGUGGAUAAUUCUUCUGUAAUAGACCCAACUGUCGUUGUGGAUAACUCUGAUGUAGUUGAUCCAACUGUUGUUGUGGAUAAUUCUUCUGUAGUAGAUCCGCCUGUUGUUGUGGAUAAUUCUUCUUUAGUAGAUCCACUUGUUGUUGUGAAUAAUUCUUUUGUAGUAGAUCCAACUGUUGUUGUGGAUAACUCUGCUGUAGUUGGUUCAACUAAGCUGCUCGUUGACAAACGUCUUGCGACAGAAGUUCAUAACUGGAUGAAGGAGGGCUUGUGUUUUGGUCUAGAAGCUUUAUUAGCGUAUAACCAUAAAAAAGAAGGAAUAGACUCUGAUGUAUUUGUGAUUUCCCCUCUACAUAAAUGA